AUGUCUUCCAGGCCGCCGGACUCGUACGCGAGGCGGCCUUCCACUCUAAGCGACCGCCGACCAUCGGCAGACCCCCAUCAGCGUCGCGAUAGCCAGCCUCGUAAUGUUUACGGAAAUGAACGGUAUUCCGAUAGGCCCAGUUCCAGUCAUGCAAGUUCUCUACCCAACAGGCCACCAAACAGUUGGAGUGAUAGUCAUCACCGGGACCGGGACCGGGAUAGGGAUAGGGAUCGAGAUCGGGAUCGGGACCGGGACCGUGGCUUGUCUGAUGCACCUGCAAGAGGCCUGACAGUCAACACACAAACUGCAUCGGCCGAUGACCGUGCUCGACCUGACCACGGACUGAACACGCCGGUCGCUGCCUCAUCUCCUACGAGCAAUUCCAGGAGUACAUCGGACGCAGAGAUGGGAAAAUGUCUCAGGGCACUGUGCGACUCUCUUAUCAGUUAUACUACGCACAAAUAUAACCUCACUCAGGCUGAAAAGGCCCUCGAAAAGCGGCAAGCCGAGUACAACAAAUGCACGGCUAAGCUGGCAGACUUCCCUUCAGUACCGGAACUUCAAAAGAAGUAUCUGGAUCGCGACACCAAGCGACGUGCAGAGUAUUCCAAUAUGGUGCGUGUUGCCGAAGAUGGUAUCAAAAGGGCAAGAGAGGGUUUUCUCUCCUGCUUAUUGCAGCUGAUGAAGUCCGGUCAGUUGCCAGCUGCAUUAUUGCCUCCAGCUUCUGCUAGCUCGAAGGAGUACGACGACAAGAUUGCUGAACUGGAGCAAGCUUUAUCAAGUCAUAAGUCCGUCACACAAACCGGGAUUAAUGAGCUGCAAGGUUGUUACGACGGUCUCCAAUCUAAACGACUUCUGGACCAACAAAACAUGGAAUCUCGAUUUAAGGACCUCGAGGACAAACUUGGCAAACAGCAACGAGAGUAUCAAAACAAACUCGCGAAGCAGCAAGAAGACUUUUCAAAGCAACUCCAAACAGAACUGGCUAAGCAGCGGCAAGAUUUUGAACAGAAACUUGCAAAGCAGAGUAAAGACCUCCCGAAACAGAGCACCAAACUGGAAGAACAGAUCAACAAGAUGCAGUCAGACUUGAGAAACUUUAAGGAAACCCAAGAGCAAGAACUCAAGACACAGCUAGCCAAGCAACAAAAGAAGUACGAGAAGCAACUCGAGCAGCAGCUCGAGCAACAACGCGCCACGGCACAAGAUGAUUCCAAGCAAAGCUCUGCUAGCGAGGUAGCGUCUCUACGACAGGAGCUCGCCGACCUGCGCUGCCAUUUGGGAACCAGAGAACAAGAACUCAACCAGGUCCGAGCUCAAGUUGCCGAGUUUGAGCAAAAGAUGGCAAAACAGGAGGAGAAGCUAGAGAACGUCGAUUUCGUGGCGCUGGAUGAAGCAGCCGAGAUUGUGUCAUUCCAAUUCCCGGCGCUCAAGGACCGCGUUACAGAUCUGGAGACCAAGGCCCCUCUGGAUAUCUUGGGGCUUACCAAACAAGUUACAGACCUGGGGACGAAAGAGACGAAUGUUUCUGGACUUGUCAAACAGGUUACGGAUCUGGAGACGAAAGUGACUCAGGUUUCGGCAGCCCAGAGGGACUCUAACAGGAAACUGGAGGAUUUCCAGAACAAGUUCGCGGUUACCUUUGGGCAACUCGUUGAUGCUGAGCGUACCCGAAUUAACAAGCUCACAAAUGAAGUAAACAACCUUAAGCUGAGGCCGACUUCUGGAACGACAACUCCUCAGUCUGGAGUCAACAUGGCAAAUGAUGAAGCUCUCCGUGCCGAGUUCAAGCAAGCCAAAGCAGAGCAGCAAGCAAAGCUUGAGGAAUUGCAGCAGAAGACUUCAGCGCUGGACUUUGCAAUCAACAAUCUCAACCAGCGCUUCAACAACAUCACUUCCAAGCAUGUAGCCGACAUCUUGAUCCAGCAGCUGCUUCCGGAGACGGAAAAGUGGAAGUUAGACCUCGAAGACUCGAGCCAACGGGUUGAGUCCCUUGGUAAGGAAGUUGAUAUGCUCAAGGCUAGCGUCGGCAUCUUGGAGGUCAAGACUGCAGGGCUCAGUGUGGAGCUUGAACCUCAGGCAGGAAUGAAAAGGCGCCGAACUGAUCAUGAUGGUACACAUAUUGAACGUCCCACUUCUAAUACCGGAAGUCUAAAGUAG